AGACACCGCCCAGUAAGUGCCUCAAACAGACACAGACAACAGGCAGAGACACAAACAACAGCUCGUCUUUCAUUGAGAGCUAAAUGGAGACUGAGCCGGGUAUCGUGUCUCCCUUCAAGCGUGUGUUUCUGAAGGGAGAAAAGGGUAGAGAUAAAAAGGCUCAGGAGAAGACUACAGAACGCCGUGCCCUCCACACCUUCUCCCUCUCCCUCCCCGACCACCGCAUCGACCCUGACAUCCUGCUCAAUGACUACGUAGAGAAGGAAGUCAAGUACUUGGGCCAGCUGACAUCAGUACCAGGAUACCUGAACCCCUCCAGUCGAACAGAGGUGCUACAGCUCAUUGACAAUGCCAGGAAGUCCCACCAGUUGGCGGGUCAGCUUACUUCGGAGCAGGAUGCAGUGGUCAGUCUGUCGGCCUAUAAUGUGAAGCUGGUGUGGCGGGAUGGAGAGGAUAUCAUACUGCGUGUUCCCAUCCACGACAUCGCUGCCGUGGCAUACAUACGAGACGACUCACUGCACCUGGUGGUGCUCAAGACAGCCCAGGAGGCAGGUGUGUCCCCGUGUCCCAGUACCUGUCCUGACCUGUCGAAGUCCCAGACCCUCAGCUCUCUGUCUGAGAGUGGGGCUGUACUGGUAGAGGUCUGCUGUCUGCUAGUACUGGCUGUAGACAACAAGACAGCAGCAGAGGAGCUGUGUCUCCUUCUCAGCCAGGUGUUUCAGAUAGUUUAUACGGAGUCCACUAUAGACUUCCUGGACAGAGCCAUCUUUGACGGAGCCACCACCCCUACCAGACACCUCUCUCUCUACAGUGACGACUCUUCAAGCAAGGUGGACCUAAAGGAAUCAUUCGAAGCAGAGGCCAGCACCUUGUAAGUAGCUAGAAUUGUGUCUGUGUGUUAUGCAGUUAGUUCCAUGGUUCUCAGGCUGUGGUUCUCAGGCUGUGGUUCUCAGGCGGUGG